AUGGCACGAGGGCCGAUGGAUUUAUGGAACCAGUGGGCACCCCAGAUCCUAGUGCUCCUGAGCCUCACCCUGCAGGUCGUCCUCCACAUGUUCGCCGGGGUGCGCCGGCGUGAGGCCUCGCCCGUGGAGAGGUUCAUCCUCUGGCUGGCGUACCAGCUGGCCGACUCGACGGCGAUCUACGCCGUCGGCCAUCUUUCCCUGAGCAGCGCCGCCCGAAAUCACAAGCUGGUGGCGUUCUGGGCGCCGUUCCUGCUGCUGCACCUGGGUGGCCCAGACAGCAUCACUGCCUACUCCCUCGAGGACAACAAGCUCUGGAAGCGUCACCUCGUGACUCUCGUGGUGCAGGUUCUGGGAGCAGGCUACGUGCUGUACAAGAACAUCGCCGGCAAUGGGGUGCAGAUCACGGUGGCAGCCAUCCUGAUGUCCGUCGUGGGCACUGCCAAGUACGGCGAGAGGACAUUGGCGCUGUGGUCUGCCAACUUCAGCACGAUCCGGAACAUUCUCAGGAUUGUACCGCGUGACAAGCACCAGCAUUUCUACAUCGAAUCUGAGCUCCCUCGGCAGCCUGGUGGUGAUGAGUUCCUUCUGCAGCGAGCUCACUCCCUGCUCCAUGUCUGCAGCCGUGGGAUGGUUGAUUCGGUGAUGUUCAAUGAGUCCGAUGAUGCUGAUGACUCUGACGCCACAGCAAUCCGUGACCUUCUCGAGAAAGAGAAAGACCACAGCAGCAUGUGGAUGGUGAUGGAGAUGGAGCUCUCGCUCAUGUAUGACAUCCUGUACACCAAGGCAUUUGUGAUCCACACUUCCCACGGCUACAGCAUCCGUGUCGUGGCGCCGAUCGCCGUAGUUGCUUCACUGCUGCUGUUUCAUUUCGGUGGCAACGGUAGUAACAGCGGAGUUGAUGUGGCCAUCACAUAUGUCUUGCUCGCCGGCGCCCUCGUCCUCGAGACGAGGUCGCUGCUGACAUCACUCGGGUCAUCUUGGGCGCUCGUGUUCCUGUGCACCACGCGCUGGAGCUGGCUUCGACAUGUCGGUCUCUGCGGCGGAAGAUGGCAUCGGUUCCGGCGUGCAGUUCUCUCUCUCCGCCGGCCAGCCAGGGUUGUGAUGCCAACAAGUUCCAGGAGGUGGUCGGGCCGCAUAGGGCAGUACAACGUGCUGCACUCUUGCUAUCAUGAUGUCACAACCAUGGGAACAAGUCGUCAUAGUUUCAAACUGCUGAAAGAUUUGUCCAUUCUGGUCGGUUUGACAGACUGGAAGGACAUGAAGCAUUGCUCAUGGAAUAUCACAGUUCCUGGGAUGGUCAAGACAUCUCUGAAAGAAAUGCAUCACAGAUUUAAGCCAUACGAUCUGAAUACGAUGGGAUUGCUGAGGCAUACCUGGGGGAAGCUGGCAAUGUCUAAGAAGUGGGGCAAUAAGGCUCGCCAUGACCUGUACAAGAAGAUGGAGGACUACCGUGGACUCGACUUCCAUGAGAGCAUUCUCAUCUGGCACAUCGCCACCGACUUGGUCCUCACCGAAAAAGAACAAGAUGGGCCCAAAGUGGAGGCCAUCAGGGCGAUGUCCAACUACAUGAUGUUCCUCUUCGUGAAUUGCCCAGACAUGUUACCGGGUCUUCCACAGAACUGGUUGUACCAGAAGACCAAAAUCAACAUAGUCGAAGCAUGCAAAAAAUCAAUUGGCGUCACCAAGGAAUUGCAGCAUGUUGGACAGAAAUCCUCUUGGAUCGAGCAGUCAAAGCAUCUUGCCAGGAUCCUACUGAUCAGUAGUCAUGGAGAGGAAGCAGUCAAACCUGGCCCUAAAGUUCCUCGCCUCACGUAUGCACAAAAUGUUGCUCGUGAUUUAUCCAAAUGGGAUAAGGAAGACCCAGUUGAUGUGCUAUUUGAUUUAUGGAUAGAUUUCCUAAUGUACGCAGCAAACCGCUGCAACAGGGAAUCACAUGCCAAGAAGCUUAACAAAGGCGGUGAGUUUUUGACAAUCGUGUGGCUAAUGAUAGAACACUCGCAGCAGUUAGCAAAAGCAAUCAAGGAGUAAUGCAAUGAAUAAUGUUGAAGUUUAUAUUGCCUAUGACUAUCUGACUAGUUAAUGUUUUGUUCCAUGCUUUAUAAGGUCGUGGGAAAAAAUAUGGAGCAAUACUAUAUUUUCUGUGGUUAACUUAUAU